AUGCAAGACUUGGAAGACGAUAAUUGUGGUGCCCAUUUACUUAAAAACUUUUCCGGUACGAUUGCCUCAACUGGACAGACUUCGAUAUGCUCACAACAAGAACCCAAACGAGAUUUUAAUAAUUCAAGAAGGUGUAGAUCACCAAUAUAUAAAAUAGAAUCACAACAAUUAAAACAGUGGGAAAGAGAAUCGAUGCAUAAUAUUAAAAACAAAACAAAAUCACAGCAACAAUCAAGAAAUUUACAUAACAAGAAAGAAAGAAAUAUUUUCGAACCCUCGUUAAAUACCCCAACAGAUUCAGAUGUAGUUUACGAAUAUGUAGAUUGGAAUAAUUUCGGAGAUCAUUUUGUUGAUGAUAAAAAUAAAAAAUAUAAUCAAGAUGAAAGUAAUAGACAUUAUGAUCCCGUGCCUUUAGCUCCAGAAAAUACAACAUUUUCUAUUGGAAAACCCUUCCUAUUUAAUUCCGACAAUGAAUAUCUACAACCCAAAUCAUUAACUAUUGAUACAUCCACAAUCUCAACGAGGGCAGGUGGGAGAACAACAACAGAUUUAUUUUUGACUGAUAAUGAUUUGAUAAAAACAAGUCCCCCUCAACUUUUGAGCAGAAUAUCAAAACAAAACCAGUUCGGAAAUACCAGCAACUUUAAUGUUGACAAACCAGAAUUAGUUAAAACACAAAAACCAUCACAAUUUAUUAAAGAAUUUAAGGAAAGUGAAAAACGUUUUGCUAAGAUACCCAAAGUAACAUUUUCAACACCCCUUCAACAAAAUGGGUUGCCAAAACCUGUAAGUUAUUCUCUAAUAUUUUUAAAGAAUAUAUUGGUUCUAUCAGAAAAUUUUUUAGGAAUCACCGAUUAG